AUAAGAGUUGUGUGGAGAAAUUAUUAUGUUUUAAGUGUAUUUUCGGUGGGUUGAGCAGAAUACACCCCCAACCGCCUAAUGUAAAAUUUCUCAAAUCCUUGAUACAAUCUCGAUGGCCUUCGGGUCAGUGGAAGCCGCCGGAACCCUAGCCAUCUCCGGCGAGAAAGAGGUCGGCGAUGCUUCGAAACCCCAUCCCCUUUCCCCCUUCCGCUUCAACUCUCCCCUUGUCCAAGUCUUCCUCAUCGGCCUCGUCUGCUUCUGCUGUCCCGGCAUGUUCAACGCUCUCUCCGGCAUGGGAGGCGGCGGACAGGUAGACCACGAAGCCGCAAAUAACGCCAACACCGCCCUCUACACCACCUUCGCAAUCUUCGGCCUCCUCGGCGGUGGCAUCUACAACAUCCUCGGCCCUCGUCUCACCCUCUUCGCCGGCUGCUCGACCUAUAUCCUCUACGCCGGCUCCUUCCUGUACUACAAUCACUAUUCCCACCAGACCUUCGUCAUCAUCUCAGGCGCCAUCCUCGGCAUCGGCGCUGGUCUCCUUUGGGCCGGCCAAGGAGCUAUCAUGACCUCCUACCCACCUGUCACCCGUAAGGGCACCUACAUCUCCAUCUUCUGGAGCAUCUUCAACCUCGGCGGCGUCAUUGGUGGUCUAAUCCCCUUCGUCCUCAAUUAUCACCGAACUCAGGCGGCUUCCGUCAACGACGGAACAUAUAUCGCCUUCAUGUGUUUCAUGUCCGCCGGCACGGUACUCUCCCUCGCCAUUCUGCCCCCUUCGCAAAUCGUCCGCGACGAUGGAUCCCGCGCAACUGCAGUCAUCUAUUCCAGCGUUUCCACUGAAGGGAUCGAAAUCCUCAAGCUUUUCGCUAAUUGGAAAAUGCUCCUUAUAAUCCCCGCCGCUUGGGGUAGCAAUUUCUUCUAUUCCUAUCAAUUCAACAACGUUAAUGGCAUCCUAUUCAGUCUCCGAACCAAGGGGCUCAACAAUGUUUUCUACUGGGGGGCUCAAAUGAUCGGCUCCUUGUCCAUUGGCUAUCUUCUCGAUUUCAGUUUCAGGAGCCGGAGGAAAAGAGGAUUGGUUGGGAUCUCCGUCGUCGCAGUGCUCGGGACGGGCAUUUGGGCGGGGGGGCUCGCAAACCAACUCCGUUACACCGACGGGAAGUGGCCGAACAAACUGGAUUUCAAGGACUCCGGUUCGAGCUUUGCUGGCCCGUUUGUUCUCUAUUUCAGCUAUGGCUUGUUGGAUGCCAUGUUUCAGAGCUUGUGCUAUUGGGUUAUCGGAUCACUGGCGGACGAUUCGGAGACGCUCAGCAGGUAUAGUGGAUUCUACAAGGGAGUGCAGAGUGCGGGUGCGGCGGUUGCUUGGCAGGUGGACGAGCACAAAGCUCCGCUGAUGUCGCAGUUGAUUGUGAACUGGGCGCUUACGUCGAUAAGCUAUCCCCUGCUUGCGGUGGUGGUGUUGUUGGCUGUUAAGGAUGUUAAGGAUGUUAAGGAUGAUGAAUCGGCGGCGAGAGGUGAGUAUGUGGAGGGGAAGGUGCCGGAGAGGUAGGACAGUUUUUUCAAUUUGUGCUGUUCUGGUUGUCGUGGAAUUUUUAGCGUGUGAGCCGUUGGGUGGUCUGAUGUGACCACGGACCGACCACAAAAGCAACUGUAUUGUUAAGGCUUUAAGGAAUUUUAAUGGAGGUUUGAAGGUGUUACUGGUUCA